AUGGAGCAGGCAUGCGUGCUGUGUCGCCGCGCAGAGGCAGCCCCGGACAUCUGCGGGCCAAAAAGGAAUUAUGAAUGGGGCUGUGCCCAUCGCUUUUGCCUGCUUUUUGCCAGUGACCUUCAUCCCCAAGGGACCGAAGAGGAAGAACAGAUCGGAUUUUCUCUUAUGGAUAUUCUACUGACAGUCUAUCAGGCAGCCCAGAUGGUCUGCUUUGUGUGUGGCGAGAGGGGGGCCACCGUCACCUGCCAGGAGAUGGGCUGUGACCGCAGGUUCCAUCUCCCCUGUGCCGUGGAGGGUGGAUGCAUCACCCGUUACUUCCUGCCGUUCAGUUCCUUCUGCUGGGAGCACCGCCCACAACAGCAAGAGCUGGCGGCUCCAGAGGACACCAACUGCCUCAUCUGCAGGGACCCUGUUGAAGGCAGAACGACCUAUAGGACCAUGGUGUGCCCAGCAUGCAAACAUGCCUGGUUCCACAGGGCGUGCAUCCAGGGACAGGCUAUGAGGGCUGGCGCUUUUUGCCUGCGCUGCCCUCUGUGUCAAAAUACGAAACUGUUUCUAACAGAAAUGCUCCUCAUGGGGAUCCAAAUCCCCAUAAGGUUGGUGUCCUCCUGGCCAGCACUGUGCCACGCCUGGACCUGCCCCCGCAGUUGUGGCCCUCUGCUGACCCCCAAGUCUAGAAAGGCGGCAUGGGAAGACAACAGUGCAUACACAGAACUGUACCAGAGGCACAGGAGCUGCGAUGCCAGGGAGUGCCUUUGUCCAGGAGGAAGGGAGGAAGUAGAGCCAGACGGGCCCUGGCAGCUCUUCCUGUGCCACUCCUGCGCUGCUGUGGGCACUCACAGACGCUGCUCCAAAGUGGGGAACAGCCAUGAGGCCACAUGGGAGUGUGACGGCUGUGCUGGCCCGAGCAUCUCCUCCAGUGCCAGCUUAGAGCUUGCUGGUCCCAGCACUCCCCAGCAGCAGCAGCCAGGCAGCAUCGGGGCAGACUCUGGAACCUCAGGCACAGGAGUCCAGCAGCCCCAGCAGCAGCAGCCAGGCGGCACCGGGGCAGACUCUGGAACCUCAGGCACAGGAGUCCAGCAGCCCCAGCAGCAGCAGACAGGCGGCACCGGGGCAGACUCUGGAACCUCAGGCUCAGGAGUCCAGCAGCCCCAGCAGCAGCAGACAGAUGCCAUCAGCACCAUGCCACAGUUGCCCAGUGUCCAGGCGGUGCCAAGGUUGUCCCAACGCUGCACAUCACGUGAGACCCGCAGGUGCAGCGCCACCAGAGAGCAGCCAUCAGCGGCAUCCCGUGGCUCUGCACCGCUGCAAAGAAGCGGGAGCAACAGACGCGGUGGGCCCAUGCGGGUGCGAGACCGCUCCCGCGUGCAGCGUCGGGCCCAAGCUCCCUAUGCACGGCCCAGAAGACGCUCCCAGGGCAGCCGCACACCAGCAGCACGAGCUGGGAGGAGCCCCCGCAGACAGGCUGCGCCCAGGCUGUCCCAGGGCUCACCAGCACGUGCGAGCCACAGCCGCAGCAUCACAAGGCAGCGGCCGUCAGCAUCAUCCCGUGGCUCCAGAGCACGACAAAGAGGCAGCGCCUCAAGAUCCACCGGGCCCGUGCGGGUGCGAGACCGCUCCCGCUCGCAACGCCGGGCCCAAACUCCCAACACGCGGCGCAAAAGACGCCGUUUGAGCAGCCACACGCCAGCACCACGUGCAACCAGGAGCACACGCAGACAGGCUGUGUCGCGGCUAUCCCAGCGCUCCCCAGCACGUGCUAGCAGCUGCUGCAGCAGUGACAGUCAGGAGUCA